ACGUGAUGCACACAAAAGAGAAAGAAACACAAAAACAACAAACAUCACAAAUCAACAUUAUUUUUUAGGGCGGGUCGUUCGCUUUAUUUAUUAAUUCUUCGCUUUAAUUUUGAUUUUAAUUAUUUUAUUUCAAAUUUAUUUAAUUUUCCCUAAUAAAAAUUAACGCGUUUGAUAAAACAAAAUACCAAGAAAAAUGAAAACUGUGGAAAGUGUUAUUCUAAGUGUAAUUAUAACUUUGUGUUUGGCACAAACAGCCUGGUGUAUUAAAUGCUGGGAUUGCCGUUCCGAUAACGAUCCCAAAUGUGGUGAUCCCUUCGACAAUAGUACUUUAGUCAUUACCGAUUGCAGUCUAGAACCUGAAUUGGAACAUUUGCCUGGUGUAAGACCAACCAUGUGUCGCAAAAUACGGCAAAAGGCUCAUGGCGAGUGGCGUUAUUUCCGCAGCUGUGCUUACAUGGGUGAACCCGGCAUUGAAGGUGAUGAACGUUUCUGUUUGAUGCGCACUGGUAGUUACAACAUUUUCAUGGAAUAUUGUACUUGCAAUAGUAAAGAUGGUUGCAACAGUGCUGGUCUACUAACAGGCAAUCAAUUAGCCAUUGGUUUUACUACUCUGAUAGUUACUGCGGUGGCUUGGUUUUUAAGACAAUAAGCAGCAAGUACAAUGUAAAAAAAAGGGAUUUUCUAGGUAGAAAUUCUUUUUUACUUUUAUUACAAAUAGAAAAUAAUUUAGUGCCUUUUUUCGAAUAUAAAUUAAGUAUAACAUUUUGUUCAAUGUUAACUAACAUUACAAACUUAAAUUUUAUGCCGUCCAUUAUUCUGUUAGUAACAUUCCAUAUUUAUAUAUAAAAAAUUUUAACAAGUAUUCUUUUUCUAUAUGCAUCGACUAUAUAUAUAUUUUUUAUAAUUUAUCGAAUCUCGAGAUUACAACUGUCUCAGUAAUAAAUUAUGUAUGUUUAUUUUUAAAUGAUUUUUAUUGUAAAAACUUACAUACUUUUUUAUGUAAACCAAAUAAA